CGACGGUAUAGUGUUGGCAGUGGCAGUGGAACUAGUGGCAGUGGCAGUGGUAGCAACAGACUUAGGAUAUCACACUAGCGGGAUGUCGGCGCGGUGUUCAGCAGUGUCGUGAGAUGAAGUGGUUUGCAAGGACCGUUGCCUUGGCAGCGGUAUGGUCAUGUAUCCACGCAGAGUUGGCCCAGCAGUCGGAGAUACCAGUGAUAACAGGAGUGACUAUCAAGAGGGUGUCAGACGACUUGUCUGUGGGGGUGGCAGGGAGUGGUUAUGGUGCGGGGACUCAUGUGUUGGAUAUCAAAUUGUCCGAAGUACUGCGUGGUUCGAGACAACUAGCACAAAGCAUGCCUCGAUUCGCAUUUGGAAAGAACUCAUUCCUGACGGGGUUUGGUCUCGGGUUCCUAGCGUUUGGGCUGAAGAAGCUCCUGCUGCCAGUGUUCAUCGGCGCACAGAUCGUCAAGUCCGUGCUACUGGCCAUGUUCUUGCCCAGCAUCAUCGGCGGCAUCGCCAAGCUCAUGGGCAAGGGCCUGACCUCCGUGGCGCAGGGCUCCAGCAGCUCAGCUCACGGUGCCGGUCAGGACACCAUCUCAGACUUUGACUUCAAGGACACGGGGACUGGCGGAGGUGGUGGAGGCUACGAUAGCCUGGGGGCGGGCUCUGACGACAACACCGGAGUGUGGACCUACCCUCCGGACAGCUCCGGCAGACAGCCCUUCCCCGCGUACACCAGCUCGGGCCUGGGAGCCACCUCGGCCGCGGCAGCCGCGCUCAAGCAGCCGCAAGACAGGUACCAAGCAGUCAAGUCCUCGUACCAACACCAGGGAAGCUUCUAUUCCCGUGACAAGCUCCAGGACUUUAAAGUUUUCCACGGCAUCCCCGCCAGUUCUCAGCUCCUCGCCAACUACGAUCCCUUCUACAGCCCCUUGCUGUCUCGUCUGGACGCCGUGUUCCAGCAGCUCGGCCACACUGAUGAGGUCUGCAGAGAGAGGCUCGUGUGUCAUAUGUACAACAAUCCCGCCAAGUUCGCUCCCUUCAGCAACCUCGUCUCCGCCCAGCUCAGCAGGGAGUUGAACGAGUUGAGGAAGCCGUCGACCGACAACCCGGAGAUCCUGCGGUUCUUCCGCUACAUGAAGGCGGCCAAGGACGGACAGGACGGCGCGGAGUGCGACAGGACGUACCCAGGGUGUGCGGUGUCGUUGGAGGCUCCGGCGCGGGCUCCCAUGUUGACCACAUACAACAGCAUCGACAAGCUAGUUCAAGCCAGGAGACUCGCCUGAACCACUCACGUCCGUGGGUGCUGACUAAAAUACUACUUUGAUCACGUUCGACCAAAAUAUCUAGUGUUUUGAUCAAACGUAAUCGAAUAUCGUUGUUGGGAUUGGGUGCUUUGGACGUGGAGUGGGUACCGAUUUUUGUUAUUGGUACAAUAAAUGACUAUAAACAUCGUGAACGUGUAUCCAUCGCAAAUUUUAUUUUGGGAUUGGUAAAUGUGUUUUAGAUGUAUAAAUUGAUCAGCGGAGUAGAAAUUACGUUCAAUAACUAAGAGCUGUUGUUGCUUUCGAAUCGACAUACCUUUUGCUUCCAUGCAAUAUGGUUAUUGAAAAAGAAUAAUAAAUAUUUGAAUUAUAAAGCUAUAAGGGUAUGGAGGCGUUGUGCAAGCGUUGCUAACGCUAGUGUUUGUUGAUAUUAUUAAAUAGUAAUUCUAUAGGUUUCAUAAAAUAGUAAAGUGCGAUAGUAAAGUAACUUCUGGGGUUCCAAAUACGUUAGAUAGUAUAGUCUCUAUAUUAGAUGGACGAAGUAACAUAUCCUUUCCUUUUGAGAAGAAACUCUUGCGUUUGUCACGCAUGUAAAACUCUUCAAACAUUUAAAACUCUUAAAAAGCAUAAAAAAGUUAGACAUGUUAUUUUCUUAACUUAAACCUAUGUUGAAUGUAUUCGCGAUGGACAAUGUAGCCAUAUUUUCAGUGAAUGAAUCAACAACAGUUUAACCUAACACUUGAUUUCCAGUGCCACAGCUAGUUUAAAAAUAAAACAUGGCAUCAAAAUAUCCUAAAGGUAGAAAUGGUUACCUAUAAAAUAAAAUUUUAGCCUCGUCUUAAUUAUAUUUUAUCGUGACAUUUUAUAGCUCUAAUCACAUUCUAAUAAUUGGCCUUAAAUAAGAAAUGGAUGGAAAUGGCCCCACCAAAGGAGUAAGAAUCUAUAAUUAUUGUUUAUAAGGACGAGUUGUUAGUAAUUUUCUUAAUAUUAUGACAUAAAACGUAGACUGCAUGGUAGAGUUUGGGUUUAUUUAUAUGCUGUGUUAAUUUUUACUCUUCACAUUUUCUACCGUAUUAAAAUGCAACAUACACUAUUUACAGUAUUUGCAGUUUUUUACUCAAACGUACGUAAAAGUUUGAAAUUUUAUUAUUUCAAAAUAAUCUACAGAUAUUAAGAAUUUAAAUCAAGUUAAUUUGUUGUGUCACAAUAUUAGUCUUAGAGGCUAUUUUACUCGUAAGCAACUUGUAAUAAGAAUGUGACUUAGCUGAUAAACCAAAAACGAAGUGAGAAUGUAGUGAAGGAUCAAGUAUUUAUUGUAUGACUGUAUUUAUUGAGUGUGUGUAAAUAUUUAUAAGUGUGAAUUAGUGUGAAAUAAAAUGUUGUUAACAUGCUCAAAGAAA